UAGAGUUUUAGUUUCAUUUUCGAUUUGGUCAUAUCAAAUCUUGUGACGCCACUCAAUAAAUUGGAAAUCACCUGCAACUGACAUAAAGAUGGCAGCAUACAGAACAGAACCAGCAUUCUGUCGUGGAGAACACACUUUUAAAGUACCAGCUGAGAUGUUCAAAGAGAACAGGAAACGGUUGGUAGAGAAACUGAAAGCAACAAAGAAGGUACCUGCGGGGGCAUAUGUACUCCUCCAAGGUGGAGAAUCUGAAACACGACACUGCUCAGACCAUGAACCUAUUUUUAGACAGGAGUCUUACUUCCAUUGGGCCUUUGGUGUGGAGGAGCCAGAUUUUUACGGUGCUAUUGAGGUGGACAGCGGGCGAGGAAUUCUCUUUCCACCUAAGCUUCCUGAUGCAUAUGCAGUCUGGAUGGGAAAACUUCUAGAUCUGAAGGACUUCCAGGUUCGCUAUGGUGUGGAUGAGGCCCACUGGGCAGAGGAUUUAGCCAAGAUACUGAAAGAGAAAAAAGCUUCUGUUCUCCUUACUUUGAGGGGGUUGAACACAGACAGUGGCAACUAUAGCAGAGAAGCUGCCUUUGAUGGGAUCAGUGAGUUCAAGGUUGAUAAUACCAUCUUACAUCCUGAGAUUUCUGAAUGCCGUGUGUUUAAGACAGACUUAGAACUGGAGGUUAUGAGGUACUCCAACAGAAUUAGCAGUGAGGCUCAUAAAGAGGUGAUGAGAUGUGUAAGGCCAGGAAUGUAUGAAUAUCAGAUGGAAAGUAUCUUCAAACAUUACUGUCAGUUUAAUGGAGGGAUCCGACUAAUGGCUUACACAUGUAUCUGUGGCAGUGGGGACAAUGGUUCUGUCUUACACUAUGGACAUGCAGGUGCCCCCAAUGCCAAAAAAGUACAGGACGGAGACAUGUGCCUUCUAGAUAUGGGUGGAGAAUAUUACUGUUACACAUCUGACAUUACCUGCUCCUACCCAGCCAAUGGAAAGUUUACAGAAAAACAAAGAGGGAUUUAUGAGACAGUGUAUAAAUCAAGUAGGGCCGUAAUGAAAGCCCUGAAACCAGGUGUGUCAUGGGUGGACAUGCACCUGCUGGCAGACAGGGUACACCUGGAGGAGCUAAAGAAGCUGGGGCUCCUGAAGGGGGAUGUAGAAGACAUGAUGAGGGUCCGUCUUGGGGCAGUAUUUAUGCCUCAUGGUCUGGGACACUUCAUGGGAAUCGACACCCACGAUGUCGGCGGGUAUCCUGAGGGUGUGGAGAGGAGUGAUCAGCCUGGUUUGAAGUCCCUGAGGACAGCCAGAGUUGUCCAACCCAGAAUGGUACUCACCAUAGAACCUGGAGUGUAUUUCAUUGAUGUGCUGUUAGAUGCAGCCCUUAACAACCCUGAGCAGUCCCAGUUUAUGUGCCGGGAGGUGAUAGACCAAUACAGGGGAUUUGGAGGGGUUCGUAUAGAGGAUGACGUGGCAGUCACAGAUGAGGGGAUGGAACUACUGACUUGUGUCCCCCGGACUGUGGAAGAGAUUGAGAGUCUGAUGGCCGAGGGGAAACAACGACCCCAAAUCCCCCUGCCACAGGAAGUGAAGUCAUAAUUGGCUGUUUUAGGGGAGACGACUUCCCCAGAUCCCCCGCCCACAGGAAGUGACAUCAUAACCAGUUGUUUUCAGUUGACUUACAGAGUACCCAUACCAUUAUAUACAUCAUAAAAGUAACAUUUGUUUUAUAGAUAUAUGUAUUAAUUUUCUUUGUCAUUUUAUUUCUAGUUGAUUGAAUUUGAUAAGUUGUAAUGUAAUUUAAUGUAUGGUUGUAAAGUGAAAGACAUUUUUGUAAGACUAUACCUCUAAACUGAUAAGAUCUAUAAUAAUUAGGAGGAAUAGCAUCAAGACAGAAUAUGUCUCAUAGAUUGUCUUUUAUUGUUGAAGACCUACAUGAUUUAAUACAGGAAUAUGGUGCUAAUCAGCCUGUGAAAAGGCAGGCUUACAAUGAUGUGUGAUUAAGAUAAAUAUAUUCAUUUUUGUAAAAGUA